UCCCGGAGAGCGGAGCGCUGGUACGCCACGACUCCAGCUGGAAGCUUGUCUGGGUUGCACCAGAAAACCCCCGUACAGCUCCUUCGCCAGGUCUCCCCGGGAUCCGUGUUUUGCAUCGCUCCUCAAUUUGCAUUUCUUCCUCAGAUUUUCCGUGCGACGGGUUCAGCCGCUCGAAACCAGCGGGCGCUCCGCGGCUCUGUUGUACGUGCGCCUCCAUUUCCAAAGCAAUACGCACAGAGAGCAAACCUCUGGACAUUUUUGGAUAAUGUUGCCGAAGCUCCGCGAGCGGGGAAAUUGAGGACAUUUUGAUUUACUGUUAUUUCUGGUGCGUACCUGCGGAGACAUACACGUGUCUUCGGGGUAAACAGAAAGGGCUAGAUCGUGUCAGCAGAUAGCAUUGCCCCCCCCUCUCUCUCUUUUGUUUGUUGUAGACGGCCGAGCUCAAGCUUGGCGACGAGCGAUACAUUUCAGUUUGUGCGCCUUGGUGAUAAAGACGCAUUUGGAGAUGUCGGAAGUGCUGCCUUUCAACGAAGAAAAAAUGAGUCAUUAUGGAAAUGAGGGCGACGAGGGACACCUUUCCUUCACCUGUCGUCUCCAAGACACCAACAACUUCUUCAGCGGCUCACAGAAUAAACGUCCGCCGAAACUCGGACAAAUAGGCCGGAGCAAACGGGUUGUGAUUGAGGAUGAGAAUGGCGACGACGAAGCACUGAAAAAUGGAACAGAGAAGACCCCGGCAGAGGCUUAGAGCGCUCGGCUCACCAUCCCCCAAAAGACACUCUUGAAAUUUUUUAUGGCGAUAUUUACCAGUUUUAAUCCAAAGACACUGUAUAUAAGCACUUUCUCUCAUGUGGCAGCAAGCAGCACUUCCACGCCCUCCUCUCCCAGUCAGUCAUGGCCAUCUGGGUGACACACACUGGCAGGGGCGGGAGACGGCAGCAAAGGAGACCCCCAGGUGGACCCCCCCAACAAACACACACACACACACUCACACAAACAAAUACACCCUCAA